CUUGCGUGACGCGGAGACUCGCCGGCGUGGUGUGCGAAUGUCUCCCUCCCUUCUUAUUCAUGAGAGAAAUCACGCGGAUGGGGAUGUGGCUUUACCAUCAGGAUUCUCACUGUGGUUAUUUCCACGCGUGUUGGUGCUGUGAUAGGAUUUUGCGCUGUCUGAUGUGUCUGCUCGAGUUCAGCAGAAGACUUAGCCACGCCCACAGCUGAAGAUGUCAGACAAUGGGGAAGUAGAAGACAAGCCGCCGGCUCCGCCCAUGAGGAACACCAGCACCAUGAUUGGCUCGUCCAGUAAAGAUUCAGGCCCGCUCAAUCACGGCUCCAAACCGCUGCCGCCCAACCCGGAGGACAAGAGGAGAAAAGAAGGUUUCAUUCGAUCCAUACUCACCGGAGGAGGAGACAAGACCAAUAAAAAGAAGGAACGUCCAGAGAUUUCUCUGCCCUCAGACUUUGAGCACACCAUCCACGUUGGAUUUGAUGCUGUCACGGGUGAAUUCACAGGAAUGCCAGAACAGUGGGCACGCUUACUCCAGACGUCCAACAUCACCAAACUAGAACAGAAGAAGAAUCCUCAGGCCGUUCUCGAUGUCCUUAAAUUCUAUGACUCUAAAGAAACAGCCAACAGCCAGAAAUACAUGAGCUUUACAGAUAAAAGUGCGGAUAACUUCAGCUCUUCAAAUGCAGGGAACUCCAAGACUGUUUCUGAGACCCCUGCGGUGGCGACCGUCUCUGAGGAUGAGGAUGAAGAUGAAGCCACGCCUCCACCCAUGAUCGCUCCUCGCCCCGAGCACACCAAAUCUAUCUACACGCGCUCUGUCAUUGAACCUCUUCCUCCUCCUCUGUCCGCCGAAGAUGCUCCCACUUCACCCGUCACCAGCGCGGUCGCAGACGGUGGAAGCCCCACCCCGACGCCCUCCACCACCGCCACCCCCCCUGCUCCCUCCACCCCACAAAACACAGAUAAGACACGCAAGAAAAAGAUGUCUGACGAGGAAAUACUGGAAAAACUGCGUAGUAUAGUCAGUGUGGGUGACCCAAAGAAGAAAUACACACGAUUUGAGAAGAUUGGCCAAGGAGCGUCUGGUACAGUAUACACAGCCAUAGACAUCGCCACAGGACAAGAGGUGGCCAUCAAACAGAUGAACCUUCAGCAACAGCCCAAGAAAGAGCUGAUCAUCAAUGAGAUUUUGGUCAUGAGGGAAAACAAGAACCCUAAUAUCGUGAAUUACCUGGACAGUUACCUGGUGGGGGAUGAGCUCUGGGUGGUGAUGGAGUAUCUGGCCGGAGGUUCCCUGACUGAUGUGGUCACGGAGACGUGUAUGGAUGAAGCACAGAUAGCGGCCGUCUGCCGGGAAUGUCUACAAGCCCUGGAGUUUCUGCACUCAAAUCAGGUCAUCCACCGAGACAUCAAGAGUGACAACAUUCUCCUGGGCAUGGACGGCUCUGUCAAACUCACUGAUUUUGGCUUCUGCGCUCAGAUCACACCUGAGCAGAGCAAGAGGAGCACUAUGGUCGGGACGCCAUACUGGAUGGCUCCGGAGGUCGUGACUCGCAAGGCCUACGGACCGAAAGUGGACAUCUGGUCAUUGGGUAUCAUGGCUAUUGAGAUGAUCGAGGGUGAACCGCCGUACCUCAACGAAAACCCACUGAGGGCUCUUUAUCUCAUCGCCACCAAUGGAACCCCGGAGCUUCAAAACCCCGAGAAACUCUCCUCUGUGUUCAGAGACUUCUUAAACCGCUGUCUGGAGAUGGACGUUGAGAAGAGAGGUUCUGCUAAAGAUCUCUUACAGCAUCAGUUCCUGAAAGUGGCGAAGCCUCUGUCCAGUCUCACUCCGUUGAUUAUAGCAGCUAAAGAAGCGGCCAAGAACAACCGCUAAUCCCGCGGGAAGGGCCCCGGCCUCACCUCUCCUCUGUCCCAAACCCCCAGAGCGCCCCAUCAUCCGUAUCUCUCUCUUGUCCCGGUCAGGGGCUCUUGUGGUGAGGUGUUACUCAACACUCACCCUUUACUUCUACUGUUAGGGUCAGAGGGGGUCUGCAGUCACCGCUGUGGUCACAGAGGUCACCAAAACGACCCGAAUGAUGACAUCACUGGAAAUAGAGUACUAAUGGGUCACAGUGCCUCAGGCCCAAAGGAUUCUGGGGGAUUUGCCCCUGUAUUUCACCAGAGAGAGAGAGGGAUGGUCUCUUUCUCUGGAUCUCUCUGUUUGUUUAUUUUUUGGAAUUCAUUUGUUUUUGUGUUUAAUGUUGGAUCAUGAAAGUGAUGUUUUCUUUUUUUGUCGUUUUACAACUUUUUUAAGAUGUUUUCUGUGCGUUUGUGUGUGAGAGAGUGUGCGUGUGUGUUCACAUUGGGUAAUAGAUUAACUGAGAUUGUGUGGUACGUUUGCACUGCGAUUAUAUUGAAUUAAAAAAGUCUCAAACUCUGGAGAGUAAAUCUGCUACGGAACGGAUUCACAUGAUUAAUAUUGAAAAUCAAUGAAAACACAGCUGAUGAAGGUUCUCUAUGAAGGAUGCCUGUGCAUGAAGAGACUGAACAUUUUACCGGCCCGUGACCCCUCCCAGAUUAAAAAUACAAAAUCAACCGUGUUCGUCGCAUUAAGAUCUUUUGUGUCAAAUAUUAAAGUUAAAGAAAUGGGAAAAUAAACGUUUUCGUUGCAUUAAUGUAACCUUAGGCCUUAAACCAUGACACUGAUAGUACAAUGAUUUUUAAAGAUGGCACAAGCGUUCGUGAUGCAAUCUGUUAUUAUUUUGAUUCUCCCAGAGGACUGAAGGGAUUUGUGAAGAAGACAAAAUUUCCUGUAAGCAAUCACAAUCUAUGCGAGCCAUAAACUGUUUAUAAGGCCUUUUGAUGAUCAAAAAUCUUCAUGAAACGGGACAAAUAAACUUCAGAAUUAGUCAAA